CAAAAACCCAGGGUUUAAUAAAAUAUUUUAAAAAAGAGAAAGGCAAAACCCUAAGUAAACUCCCCAAUUUCUACAGUUGAGAAGCAACGACAAAAAGCCAAAUAAAUUGGAUAAGGAAAUUUUGUGCUCAGAAACACAACUCCUCCACUCCCCACUAUCACUAUGUACUGGCUCGCCACUAGAAACGCCGUCGUUUCUUUCCCCCGGUGGCGUUCCCUCUCUCUCUUGCUCCGUUCUCCUGCUCGUGCAUACACCUCAUUCCGCCCUUCACCAACGCUUCUGUACAGCUGCAGACACUUGGAGCAAAUCUAUUGUUUCAAAGGUCAGAAAGUUUUGAAGGGAAGCUCAAAACCCACCAAGAAGCUUAAAGCAUCAAGUGAUACCCUAAAUGAUAAGGAUCUUUCUCACUUACUAUGGUGGAAGGAGAGGUUGAAGAUAUGCAGGAAGCCUUCAACUGUCCAGCUGAUUAAAAGGCUCACAUAUUCCAAUUUGCUAGGCUUGGAUGUUAACUUGAAAAAUGGGAGUCUAAAAGAAGGAACACUCAACUCGGAGAUAUUGCAGUUCAAGUCAAGGUUUCCCCGGGAAGUUUUGCUAUGCAGAGUUGGAGAUUUUUAUGAAGCCAUUGGAAUGGAUGCUUGUAUUCUUGUUGAAUAUGCAGGCUUGAACCCAUUUGGUGGUCUGCGUUCAGAUAGUAUUCCAAGAGCUGGUUGCCCUGUUGUGAAUCUUCGACAAACUUUGGAUGAUCUGACACGUAAUGGGUAUUCAGUGUGCAUAGUGGAGGAAGUUCAGGGUCCAACGCAAGCUCGUUCUCGUAAAGGUCGUUUUAUAUCUGGGCAUGCUCAUCCAGGUAGUCCAUAUGUAUUCGGACUUGUAGGGGUCGAUCAUGAUCUUGACUUUCCAGAACCAAUGCCUGUAGUUGGAAUAUCUCGGUCUGCAAGAGGUUAUUGCAUAAAUUUAGUCCUAGAGACUAUGAAGACAUAUUCUUCUGAGGAUGGAUUAACUGAAGAGGCUUUAGUUACCAAGCUUCGUACUUGUCGGUACCAUCAUUUAUUUCUGCAUGCAUCUUUGAGAAACAAUUCUUCAGGCACUUGUCGCUGGGGAGAAUUUGGUGAGGGUGGCCUAUUGUGGGGAGAAUGUAGUGGCAGACAAUUUGAAUGGUUCGAAGGGAAUCCUGUCAAUGAGCUUUUGCUUAAGGUAAAGGAGCUCUAUGGUCUUGAUGAUGAUGUUGCAUUUAGGAAUGUCACUGUGUCUUCAGAAAAUAGGCCCCAACCUUUAACCCUAGGAACAGCAACGCAAAUUGGGGCCAUACCAACAGAGGGAAUACCCUGUUUGUUGAAGGUGUUGCUUCCAUCUAAUUGCACUGGUCUACCUGUAUUGUAUAUUAGAGAUCUUCUUCUUAACCCUCCUGCCUAUGAGAUUGCAUCCAAAAUUCAAGCAACUUGCAAGCUUAUGAGCAACGUGACAUGCUCCAUUCCCGAGUUUACUUGUGUUUCAUCUGCAAAGCUUGUGAAGCUACUUGAACAGAGGGAGGCCAAUCAUAUUGAGUUUUGUAGAAUAAAAAAUUUACUGGAUGACAUAUUGCACAUGUAUAAAAAUUCUGAGCUCAAUGAAAUCCUGAAAUUGUUGAUGGAUCCGACAUGGGUGGCAACUGGAUUAAAAAUUGACUUUGAGACAUUGGUUACUGAAUGUGAAUGGGCUUCAGGUAGAAUUGGUGAAACGAUCUCUCUAGAUGGGGAAAGUGAUCAAAAGAUUAGUUCCUCUUCUGUUAUUCCGAGUGACUUUUUUGAGGAUAUGGAGUCUUCUUGGAAAGGUCGUGUGAAGAGGAUCCAUAUAGAGGAAGAACUUGCACAACUGCAAAGUGCAGCUGAGGCCUUAUCUUCAGCAGUUACUGAAGAUUUCCUCCCAAUAAUUUCUAGAAUAAAGGCUACCACAGCUCCAUUUGGAGGUCCAAAGGGAGAAAUUUUAUAUGCCCGAGAGCAUGAAGCUGUUUGGUUCAAGGGCAAACGGUUUGCACCAUCUGUAUGGGCUGGGACUCCUGGGGAGGAACAAAUUAAACAACUUAAACCUGCUGCUGAUUCGAGAGGUAGAAAGGUUGGAGAGGAAUGGUUUACCACAAUGAAGGUGGAGGAUGCUUUAAUGAGGUAUCAUGAGGCUGGUGCCAAGGCAAAAGUAAAGGUCUUGGAAUUAUUGAGGGGACUUUCUUUUGAAAUGCAAUCUAAAAUCAAUGUCCUUGUCUUUGCUUCUAUGUUGCUCGUUAUUGCAAAGGCGUUAUUUGCUCAUGUGAGUGAAGGGAGAAGAAGGAAAUGGGUUUUUCCCACUCUUGCCAAGUCACGUAGGUCCAAGGAUGUGAAGCCAUUAGAUGAAGCAUAUGGGAUGGAGAUAAUUGGUCUAUCACCAUAUUGGUUUGAUGUAGCAGAAGGCAGUGCUGUACAUAAUACAGUUGCUAUGCAAUCAUUGUUUCUUUUGACAGGACCAAAUGGGGGUGGUAAAUCAAGUUUGCUUCGGUCAAUUUGUGCUGCUGCAUUACUUGGAAUAUGUGGAUUUAUGGUGCCUGCAGAGUCAGCCUUGAUUCCUCAAUAUGAUUCAAUCAUGCUUCACAUGAAAUCUUAUGAUAGUCCUGCAGAUGGAAAAAGCUCAUUUCAGGUAGAAAUGUCAGAAAUUCGGUCCAUUAUUUCUGCGACCACUAAAAGAAGCCUUGUGCUUAUAGAUGAAAUUUGCCGAGGAACAGAAACAGCAAAAGGGACUUGUAUUGCUGGUAGCAUUAUUGAAACUCUUGAUAAAAUUGGUUGUUUGGGUGUUGUAUCCACUCAUUUGCAUGGAAUAUUUACGCUGCCACUCAAUACCAAGAACACUGUUUACAAAGCAAUGGGAACAGUAUCUGUUGAUGGCAAAACAAAACCAACACUGAAGUUGAUAGACGGGAUAUGUAGAGAAAGCCUAGCAUUUGAAACAGCUAAAAAGGAGGGGAUUUCUGAAUCAAUAAUCCAAAGAGCUGAAAGCCUGUAUCUAUCAGCUUAUGUAAAAGAAGUUGUUUCAGCAAAAAAUGACUCAGAACUAGUGGACGUUUGUACUAAUAUGAGUAUUAAUGGUUCUGAUGAAUCUCACUUUCAGUCGAGAAGAAUUAGAGAAGGAGUUGCCCAUAAUUGGACAGGGUCAACAAACCAAACAGAAUUUCUACAGAAGGAAGUUGAGAGUGCUGUCACAGUAAUAUGUCAGAAGAAGCUGAUUGAGCUCUACAAGAAGAAAAACAUGUCAGAACUUGCUGAGGUACACUGUGUCCUAAUUGGUGCUAGGGAACGGCCACCUCCAUCAACAAUAGGUGCUUCAAGUGUCUAUGUGAUGCUUAGACCUGACAAGAAAUUAUAUGUUGGAGAGACCGAUGAUCUCGAGGGCCGAGUCAGUGCCCAUCGUUCAAAGGAAGGGCUGCAGAAUGUGUCUUUUCUUUAUUUUGUAGUCCCUGGAAAGAGCCUGGCUUGUCAACUGGAAACUCUUCUCAUCAACCAGCUUCCUAAUCAAGGGUUCCGACUAGCCAAUGUGGCCGAUGGUAAGCACAGAAAUUUUGGCACAUCCGUCUCCAUAGAAAGUGUGCCCGUUUGUUCAUGAUGCUACAGCCCAUGAUCCCAUGUGCAACCCUUAGCUAGUCAGUCAAGAAAGAGGUAGUCGACCUUGAUUUGUUAUUGUAUGUAAUUAAAGGUAAAAAAAACAAGUGGAUUUGUCUUUCCAAUUUUAUCGGAUAUCCCUAAAGCGACAAGCAAGAGGGUGUGAAAUUGAUCUGAAGUGGCAGCAACAAUUUUGUCUCUGUUGCUCCACUUGAAGCGUAAUGUCUUCAUGCUUCACCCCCAGUAAGUUGGGUGAGAUUUUGUAAUUUGACAUGUAAUCUCGCUGUAAGUAAUGCCUACAUGUACAUAAAGCUUUUGUUUAUUUCAUUUUGUCCAUUCUUU